CCUGCGGCGCUUCAAGAUUCUUUCACGAGGUUAAUCGAGGAACGAAAUAAGAUCGAACUCCGUUAUCUCGAAAUCAUGUCGAUACGAUCAACUUCCGUCUAUGCUUCCUGUCGCAUUUGUCCCAAGAAGAAAAAAUCCUCGUAACAGAAAAGAGACGGAAGAGGGAGGAAUGAGGAGAUUCGUCCGGUGACGUUGUGCCACGCGUGGUAAUGCUACUGGCAAGCGGUGCCUCGAUACCGACCAUCGCCGGUGCCGUCGAGGAAGAAGAGGAGUAUGCGCGUAGCGAGGCUAAUAGCGCGCACUACGAUGGAUACGUCACCGAUCAUACCGAUCUCGCUUCGGAGAUCGAUAUCGACGAGUCCGAGUAUAGAAGGGAACUUCUCAACGACAAAUGGCGGAUGCUGUUCGACAAGUUCGAUCCCGAGGGUUUCGGAGAGAUACCAUUGGAGGACUUUCUGGUAGCAUUAAAAAGUGCCGAGUGGAAAGCGGAAAUACCAGUGAACAAGAGAGAUAUCCUGCUCGCGAGGGCAAAAGAAUCGAAGGUCGACGCUAUUACUUUUCAGGAUUUUGUCAAUGUGAUGAGCGGCAAACGGACGAGGAGCUUCAAAUGCGCGGUCCACCAUCGGGACCGCGAGGUGUGCUCCGAGAACGACUUUCAUCUGCUCGUGCGCGAGCCGCCGUUGUUUCGCAGAAUGGUCCGGAUGAUCGGCGACGAAUUCUUGACGAAGGAACGGGACCGAAAAUACUACGCCGACCAUUAUACGUGCUGUCCACCGCCUCUCUUCAUCAUUCUCAUCACCCUCGUGGAGUUGUGCUUCUUCACUUAUUACACCGUGAUAAAGGGCGAGGUGAAUCCCUCGGGUCCGGUACCGAUCGACAGCGUCUUCAUCUACAGGCCGGACAAACGCCUCGAGCUUUGGAGGUUCGCCUUCUAUAUGUUCCUUCAUGCUGGAUGGCUUCACCUGUUGUUUAAUCUGGGAGUGCAAGUAAUCGUGGGACUUCCACUCGAGAUGGUACACGGAAGUUUGAGGAUCGCCGCAGUAUAUAUGGCUGGAGUCCUGGCUGGUUCCCUGGGUACCUCGGUGUUCGACGCCGAAGUCUAUCUGGUUGGAGCGAGCGGCGGCGUUUAUGCUCUUCUAGCGGCCCACCUCGCCAACGUUCUUCUAAACUACAACAAUAUGGAGUUUGGCAUAGUUCGACUUAUCGGCAUCUUCGUCAUCGCGAGCGCCGACGUGGGCUUUGCCAUAUACGACAGGUAUGCUGCAGGAGAGAUCUACGCGGGUCUACCGGUCUCUUACGUUGCCCAUCUGACGGGUGCCCUGGCCGGGCUGACGAUCGGUCUUUUGGUCUUGAAGAAUUUCGAGCAGCGAUUGCACGAGCAAUUGCUCUGGUGGGUGGCCCUUGGCGUUUACGCAGCCUGUACGAUCUUCGCGGUCAUGUACAAUCUAAUGCAUCCGAACCAUCCAUGACGCGAGGGCGGCUUCGCGCACAAUCAACCGAGAAACGUAACGCGAAGCUGGUAGCCCUUGGAAGAGAAAACGAAUAAAGGAAAAGGAGGAAAGGAGGAUCAUGCGAAAAAAUUGCGUCGGAAGAAGAAUACGUCGAAUUGUUUUAACGGAACAACAAGUUUCCUCGUCGUCGAAACGAUCUCGACACGAACACGCUGCGAAUCAUCGAAGAACGAGAAGAAGGAGGAAGAUGAGAAAGAGGAUGGAUGGGUGAAGUAGGGGAGGAACGGCGGCCGGGUCACACGUUCGUCGACGCGUCUCGAUCUCUUCGUAGUUUUCCUGCGUUAAACCAAAGAAUAGAGUAUAUACACACAGGGAGAUAUAUUUUUGCAGAACGACAAGGAAGACGAUGCGCGAGGUUUGCCCUUUGCGCACUUCGACUAUAAGCGGAAGAUGCGAAAGCCAAAGAACCAUAGUCCGUACGCAGGAAGAUAUUCGAAAAGUUUCACGUCGACCACGAUCUCUCUCCGGCUUUUUACUCGUUAACGCGAUCCCUUCGAACCAAAUCAAGAACGAAAAGAAACGAAAAGCGAAGGACGCCUAACGACAUUCUUUUCUUACUGCUCUUGUAUGUUAUUAAGUAUCGACGUCGAUCUCGAUGACGUGUUACCCGCGCAGUCGUUCAUUGUAUACCGAUGUAAAUAGUCUUGUAAAUAUUAACGAAAGAAAGAUGAAAGAGAACGUUACGCGUAUAUAGAACGCGAGAGAGCAAGGGGAAUCGGAGUGAGUGAGCGAACGAGAGAACAAAAUAGUGCGUAGAGCGUGGACGAAACAAGCAAAAAUAAAAGAACGAAAAUUUCGGAAACGAGAGAAGAGGAUGGCGGGAAAAGAUUCGUCGACGAGAAGCAAAUAUUUUCCUUCGCGAUUUUUCCUACUAUCUCGUCCUUAUUCCUUCUUUGAUAUACUUUUUAAGAACGAUGUUGGAAAGAAACAAGAAAAUGGCUAUUGCGUUACCAAAUUUCUUUCCUCUCGAUACUGCCAGAUCUUUUCUUAUUUUUUUCUUUUUUCUUUCUUUCUUUCGUUCCUUCGUUCGUCGAUUCGUCCGUUCGUCUCAAUGAAAAUUCCUCACGCGUAAUACAUAACUCGUUACCAAUCCGUAUUGUAUCAUAAUCGUAUUACGCGUAAGUUUUCUUUUUCGUUUUGUCGUAUUUGUCCAUUUGUACAGAGCAACGACAUAUAUCUGUGUAUGCGGAAACGAAUCGUUAGAUAAUCUUCAAACGCAUCGAUACGCCGUUUAUUCGCUCGAUCCUCUUACUCCCUUCCUCCUUCUCUCUGACACAGCGACUCUUCGAUAUUCUCAAAAGAACGAUUCUCUUCUUUGGUGAUUUCAAAGUCACGGCUCUUACGUAUUAUUUAAUAUAUAAAUAUAUAAUAUAUAUAUAUGUAUAUGUAUAUUAUAUGUGUAUAUCUUCUGUAUAGUUUCUAAGUACGUUGAUCAGGGUACAACUAGAUUCUUCUUUUAUUUGCUAUUUAUACAUCAGACAAAUUUCUUUUUUUUCUCUUUUUUACGGAAGGCAAAUGGCCACGGUAAGAAAAUUUGAUUGUCGAUUAUAAUCGUAUAUGUAUAUAUAUAUAUAUAUAUGAUAUACGAUAUAUGAUAUAUGAUAUAUAUUAUAUAUAUUAUAUAUAUGUAUUGUUCUAGGUUCACACGUUUACGCGAUGCGCUCAUCUCAUUGUUACAGACUUUUUUUCUGUCUCACCAAACGAAGCAGUUUCUCUCUCUUUCUCUUUCUUUCUCUCUCUCUAUAUAUAUAUGUGUGUGUGUGUGUAUAUAUAUAUAUAUGUCUCUUUCUUCCCUUAAUUUCGUUCUUAAUUUCAUACAAGAAAACAAGUCUUAUUUAUUUUUACCAAGUGGUAUUUUCUUAUUAGAAAUUAGUAUGUCUUGGAACGACUGAAGAAAAAUAGAUACGAAAGGAAGGAAGGAAGAAGGAAGCAAAGAAGGAAAGAAGGAAGGAAGAAAGGAAGGAAGGAAGGAAGGAAGGAAAAAAGAAAAAAGCGAGAUCAAAAACGAGAGUGAUGAACGAUGCUAGUCAAUUAGUACCCACGAGAAAGCUACGUCGGGUUGUAGCUUAAGGUACUGCUAUGUUGUAACUCGCAGAAACGUCGAGAAAAACGGUGGGAGAAAUAGAGUGAAAAGCGACUCGACUGUGAAAGGGUUGUGUAAGAAGAAAAGGAAAGAGAAAGAAAGAGAGAUAAAAAGAAAUGGUCGGUGACGAAGGUAUCCACUUUAAAUAGCUACAAUGUUCUGUUACAAUGCAAAGAGAAAAGAGAAAAGAGUGUGUGUGAUAGAGACAGAGAAAGAGAGAGAGAGAGAGAGAGAGAGAGAAAGGGAGAAAAACAGUACUACAAGGAGAUGCUGAAAAUUGCAGAGACGAUGACACGAUUGUCUUGUCCUACGUUGCUGCUGAGAUAGUACCAAUACUCGAAUAAUUAAAUUCGCAUGAGUUCGAAAGGGAAGAGACGAGAAAAAGAGCUACAUCGAACCAUCGUUUGAGGUCGUGGUAACACUCUUUUACUCUCUUCCUCUCUCUCUCUCUCUCUCUGUCUCUUUCCGUCUCCCUCCCUCUUUCCCUACCCACCUCUCUCUUUUUCUCUCAUCUACGAAAUUCGAUUCUCCAUGCGGCUUUAUUUAACAGAGAGACUGUAAAUGAUUACCAACGUCGUUUUUGACGUACUUGUGAGUUUCUCCGUUAUCUCAUUAAUAAAUGGUAGUUCCAUUAAAGGACUCCUUUUCUCGUGAAUAUAUAUAUAUAUAUAUAUAUAUAUAUAUAUAUAUAUAUAUACAUAUAUAUAUUAUAGUGAUAUCGAAUGUAAAGAUUCUUCGAUACACGGGAUGUUUCGUUUUUGACGAAUGUAUUACAGAAAUGAUUAAUAUCGUAAUAGUUCGCGUUAAUCAUUUCGUAUCCUACAAAAAUGGAAUAUACGAUUGGUGCUCUUCAAUAUUCUAUGCAAAUGAGCUUAGGAAGAUAAUGAUUGGAAAACCGUACGAUCCUUUUUCAACGUCAUUUGCAUGUUAUUGAAAAGCGGCGCGGCGCUUUGGUAUUACAUUUCGGCCGAUUUAUAUCAUCGUAGGCUCAUUGAUAUGUACUUUUUACGAGCGAUAUCACUUGUAUAAAUGAAUGAGAGAAAAAAAAGCAGCGGAAGAACAAUGAAUGAAAACGUGGCUUGUCGUAUUGUUUCUAUAUUUCUACGGCCGGUAAAGAGCAUUUAAAGAGUUUCGUUCUCGAGCAGACAACACUGCCCUUCAAAAGGAAAAAGAAGAAAAAUGAGGAAGGAAGGGAGAAUUUCGUCCAAGUAUCCGAGCGAUUAUUCCCUUCCCUUUGUUUCGUCUUGUCCGUUUUUUUUUCUUUUCUUUUUUUUUUUUCUUUCUCCUUGCUGUUCUUUUUAUAUAUCGUCCACUCAUCGUCACCGUCAUUAAAUUAAUAUUAUUAUUUAUUUCCGCGCGAAAUCAAUGGGGAGAGGGAGGUUUUCCUCCGUUCGACCUCGAUGCACCAAUUCAUCGCUUUAUGUUCGUUGGUUUUUAAUUAUCACGUUCCAUUAACCGAUAUCCGUAGGACGACAGUAUUGUUCCCGGAACUACUUUCCAUUUAAUUAUCGCGAUCAUCGUGAAAGUUUCUUCGAAAAAAAUAAUCGAGAGUACUUUCCUUCGGAUAUAUUUUGUUCGUUCUUUUUUUUUUCUUUUUCUUAUGUCGUUUUUAAAAUGUUUUCUUUUCGUUUUUUCUCCUUUUUUUUAUCAUCGUCGUCGUCGUCGUCGUGGAAGCCGAUAGGAAAAAAAAAAUUCGAUCGAUCGUCUUUUCCGCCGUUUAUUUCGACGACGCAUCGGGAAUCUCGAUUUUUCGCGAGGUUAAAAAAAAUUUUUAAUUAGUUUAAUUAGUUCCCGUUGCGUCGCCUACACCUCCUGCGUGUUUAUUUUAAAUGUCAGAAAAUAUGGUUUAUAACACUGCCACAACACACAAUUUUCAGUUAAAACCCACGGAAAACGAAUUUUCCCUCUUCCCCGCCAUCGCCGUCAUCCCUAUCGCACGAUCAUCGACUUUACGAAGCUAAUUAACGGGACACGAUCAUCCAGGUUGAAAGUCUAAACCGAUAGCGGGAAUAUGUGUGUGUCGUGCUUGUGUUAUGCCUGUGCGUGUAUUACGCCUGAUGCGCGCUAAAAUACGAUAGCGAUAUAUAUAUACAUAUAUAUAUAUACAUUGUGUGUAUAUAUAUAUAUAUAUAUAUAUAUAUAUAUGUAUAUAUAUAUGUAUAUAUAUAUGUAUAUAUACAUAUCAGAGUAAAUACACGCUGCGAUAUCAGCACGAGAAGAGUUGCGACUAAUGUUAAUAAUAAUUUAUACUGCUUACGGUUAGUCACGAGUAUCCACAAGCCAAAGAGGUGGAGCUAGUAACAAAAUUUCAAGCGAUUACUAAUUAUUAUUAUUAUUAUUAUAUUAUUAUUAUUAUUAAUAUUAUUAUUAUAUAAUUAUUUUUAUUAUUAUUAUUGUAUUAUUGUCCUCACCAUCGUCAUAGAAAAUCGUUUUUAUUAUCGUCGAAAGAAUCGACGUUGCUCAGCCGAAGCCGAGCCGUUUAUAUUCGUUCAUCUCCUGUUAUUGAGCGUUCGAGACAAUUAAUCAUUCUGCUCCGUACAAAACGUGAUAACGUCAAGUCCUCGCCUAGAAUAUUUCGCAUAGUAUUUCUGUACGCGUUCGCCGCCAAAGGAGGUGCGUUUUAAAGAUAGAAGAAAGUCUGAAGAAGAAGAGUAGGCGGAAGGAAAGGGAAACGACGGUAUUUAAUCGAUAGAUCGAAAUAUCUUGUACGUGCAUAUAGUAUAUAUACGUCUAUUAAAAUAUAUAAGGGUCUCCUCAGAAACAUUUUAGUCGACUCGAUUAAUCUAAACUUACUAUCUUAUUGCUAUAUGUAUGUUUAUAUAUGCAUACAUAUAUAUAUAUAUAAAUAUAUAUAUAUAUGUGUAUAAAAAAUAAUUAUACUAUAUAUCGCCGAGCGUACGUAAUAAAAAAGAUAAAACAUAAAAAAGAAAAAAAAAAAAGAAAAAAUAGAAAUAAUUUUAUUAAAAUCGAGUCGAUCUAAACGAGGUACUUUCUAUAUACGUCUUAUGUAAGUACGUAUGCACACGCAUAUAUUUUUUUGAAAAUUCAGUGAAAAACAAUGUGUUAUUUAUUAUUUUUUAUUAAUUCCAACGUCGAUAUCGUAAGAAAGAGCGACGAAACGUCUGCAAGAAAAAAGCGUCGUACGUUUUCGAACGUUUCGAUCGUCCACGUCGGACAAUAACGAAAACAUGGACGAAAAAAUGUACUUUCGUUGUUCUUUCGAGUUGGAACGCGUUAAGAUUUCCCGAUCGGUGGUGAUCGUAACUCGCGAGGACACGAACACUCCACUCUCUCGAUGUCCUCUUCUUCGGAUUUAGAAAUAUCGACCAAAAAAAAAAAAGAAAAAAAGAAAAUGAUACUUUGUUCGGUCCUAAUGCGUCGAACGAGAAUGAAUUCGAGCUGGGUAUCAUUGUUUUCUCACUCGAUAAAUCGAUGGAACAUAGUAAGGUAAUCGAUACAAUUAUUACUUAUUAAAUAUUGCUUAGCGAUUUGUUCUGCAUAUCUCAAAUUUUUUCCAAUGAUCGUGUCGCUAUGCGAUAAGUAGAUAAUUGUAUCGUCGAGCCUGUAAUAUAAUUUUUCAUUCCAAAGAUUAAUAGCAAAGCGUUGUUUUAGUCGGGCCUUUUUUUUCUAUAAUACCACUUCGCGAAUGAGAUGUAAUAACGACGAUCGAUGCCGCGUUAAAAGAGAACGUACUAUUUUAUCGAUAGGAGGACGAGCUUUUUUUACCGUUAAUGAAAAAUAAUAUCUACCGUGAAAACGUUGUCGCGGGGAUCGGAUAAUGAAAACAUUUUUCGAAAGGAGAAACAUUUUAAGCAGAUUGUUUAUCAGAGAAUACUCAAAGCGAGAAAUCGAUUACCGUCGAUAAAGGGGAUGAUUUUGAUUUGAAGAGCGACCCCGUUUUGGACCAGUCCUCUUUACGAAAAAAAAAAAAAAGAAAAAGAAAAAAAAAACGUCGCGGUUAGGUAAAGGCACUUACCAAAUGCGCGUAUCGAUAACGCGCAAGAUACACGUUCCUUAGGUUUUAAACGAUAUUAUCUGCCCGAUACCGUCUCUACUAUGAGAAUGUUUGAAAGAGAAAGAGCGAUCGAUUUAUCUUUAAUCGCCAGGGAUACGUAUGACCAACAUUCGAUAAAGGUAUGCGUCCGUGAGAAUGAAAAUGAGAGAGAGUGAGUGAAAGAGAGAAUAAGAGAUCAAACUUAAAGAAAAAGUAUGAUAAGAAAAGUAAGAGAAAAAUACCGUCAAGUCGGUAUCGCAGCAUUUAUUUCUGUCUGAAAUAAAUCCAUUAAAAUAAUUACUGUAAUUA